GUACCCAUUCCCCACAGUGUUCAGUACGUGUAGUAAGAAGGAUCUGUGGGCUAGUCUGGAGAAGGGGGUGGGCAUGUGUUUGUAUAAUAUGCCUGAAGUCAAAAUGCUCUACGGGGGACAGAAAUGUGGCAACGGAUACAUUGAGGAAGGAGAGGAGUGUGACUGCGGAGAGCUGGAGGAGUGUCUGAAUCCCUGCUGUAACGCUACAACCUGCACUCUCAAGGGAGAUGCUGUGUGUGCCCAUGGACAGUGCUGUCAUGACUGCCAGUUAAAACCAGCUGGGACUCCUUGUAGAGAGUCCAGUAACUCCUGUGACUUACCUGAGUUCUGCACCGGAACAAACCCCCACUGCCCUGCCAAUGUGUACCUGCACGAUGGACAUGCGUGCCACAAUAUGGAUGGUUAUUGCUACAACGGCAUCUGUCAGACUCAUGAGCAGCAAUGCAUCACUCUGUGGGGACCAGGAGCGAAACCUGCCCCAGGAAUCUGUUUUGAAAGAGUAAACUCUGCAGGUGACCCCUAUGGAAAUUGUGGAAAAGACUCCAAAGGUUCCUUUGCUAAAUGUCAAGCAAGGGAUGCUAGGUGUGGGAAAAUUCAGUGCCAAGGAGGUGCCAACAGGCCUGUGAUCGGAACCAAUGCGGUCUCCAUAGACACAAACAUACCUCUGCAAGCGGGUGGGCGUAUUCUGUGCCGUGGAACACAUGUGUACCUGGGUGACGAUAUGCCUGAUCCAGGACUGGUAUUGGCAGGCACUAAGUGUGCUGAAGGAAUGAUAUGUUUGAACAGGCAGUGUCAGAAUGUCAGUGUCUUCGGAGUGCACAAGUGCUCUGGGAAGUGUAAUGGAAGAGGGGAAUGCAACAACAAGAAGAACUGCCACUGUGAAGCUCACUGGGCACCUCCUUUCUGUGAUAGGGCGGGGUUUGGCGGCAGCGUCGACAGUGGACCAAUGAGACAAGCCGCUGACAGCAGCGCUGUGGCCGUGGGCGCGCUGGUCACCCUCCUCUGCUUGCUGUCGGCGGGACUGAUUGUGUGCCUGAAGAGGAAAGCAUUGGUUCGGAUGCUCUGCAUCAAUAAGAAGAGCGCCAUCCAAAAGCUCAGAUCAGUAGGGCGAAAGCAGACUCCCAGCCCCCCGCAGACACAGUCAGUGUUCAGGGUCUCGCCUCAGCACAAACCCGCCUCUUUACCUUUACACUCCCGCUGUGACAAGAUGUCUCAUCACAGCUCGGAGCCUCUCCUUCCUCCGCACAACUUCCACAGUUUGCGUCGGCUGCCUGAAUGUCCCACGCGCUGCCAGCCCGUCCACAUCAGCCACCCCAUGCCCAUCACAGGUCUGCAGCUUCACAGGACUCUGGUGUCACACACACACUCGCCAGGCAGAGCGGCAGGCUUCCACACACUCCCACGCCAGCUGCCCUACGCUAACAUCCAGGACCACGACAAGCCCAGUCCCCCACAGAAACCACUUCCCGCAGACCCCUUAAUCAGAGGGCACGGGGUGGGUCGAAGCACAUCUGCAGCGGGAGUGCGGAUACCUGGACCUCUAGCCAUCCCGAUUCCAACUGUACCACGACCGCCUCCUGCCAUACCACUGCCAAACAGGCCUCUUCCCAGAUUACCACAGCCCUUUUAUGAUCACUGACACAUGGACACCACAGCACUGGGUGAAUUUCACCAGCAUCUGAACACACUUGUUUGCACUAUGAAAACUCUGUUGGACCAAGUGACCACCCCUGCAGAAACUCCACGGAGGGUCUCACAGAGAAGAGGGCUGCCCCCGACACCUUGGUGCUCCGCCUCCUCAGAAAAGGUGUUAGUUUGUCCUCGCUCAGGUACUGCAGAACUAUUUAAGAUGUAUAUUUAUUGUGAGGAGGAAACUAUGUGCUGUGCUUGACACCUUUUUUACUGUCUGACAGUUUUUUGUUUGGUUUUACAUGUUGAAAAUAAGCCGACCAAUCAUGUUUUCCUUUUUUAAGUGUUUUUAUUCAGUUUAUAUUAUGGUAAGACUUAGAUUGGUGUUGUGAAGAUCAAAAAAGGCCUGCUUUAAAACGAUGCGGCAUGUCUGGGAUACUGGAGUACAAGCAACAUGAAGUCUAAAUGUUUAAACACAGAGCGCUGGAAUCAGUGCCACUGAGUGCAAAAAAAUCUGUAAUAAUUACUGGAUUGAUGCAUGAUGAUGAAUGAUGAUGUCAUGAAGGAGGAAGUGAUGUGAGACAAACCAGUUGACAAAACAACUUUUCGGGAACUACAGUACCUUAAAAUCACAUGUGCUUGAGCAAAUGCAGUGCUACAGUAUCUGACAAAGCAAGAAUCGCUAUUACUAUUGCUACAAAUUUAGCCAUAAGCAUUCAGCUUUGUUUGUAAUGAUACCUCAAAUUAUGCGAGGAGAGAUGUGCUAUAUGAAAAUUAAUCAGCCAAAACGGAGUUACAUCAAUUAGGGCUGAGUCGUCUAGAGAAGAGAAUAUGCAUUGCAGCUGCAUAGCAACAGCUUGUCCAGUUUGUCUACAGAAAAUGAAAAAAUCCAGGCAGUAUUUAUAGUUCAAACACUUGAGAGGUUGUGAUGUUCAUUUUUCCAACAUGCUUUGAAGCAUUCAGAGAAAUACCAGCGGCAACACAAAAUAUGUAGUGACACCACAGACCUUAAAAUAUGUCGGAAUAGCAGAUCAGCAUUCCCACUGAGCCAUCAGCAUCCAGCAGCUGUCAUGUCUGUCAUUAUGGCCUUGUUGUGCUGUAUACACCCGUUCUGUGAAAUAUCUUCCAAUACUUGAGGUUAUAGAUGUUGAAUUUUCUGUACUGUAUUUCUUGUAUCAUUUUUGACAGUGUACACAACCAGUCAAAAGUUUAGUGUCAAUGGAAUUCUCUUUCAAAGAAAUGAACACUUUUAUUCAUCAAGGAUGCAUUCAAUUGAUCAAAAGUGACAGUAAAGACUUAUCAGUAAAGAUUUCUGUUUCAAAUAAAUGCUGUUCUUUUGAACUUUUUCUUCAU